GGUACUUGCUGAAGAAUUACAGGCAGUUGCAUGGGAUUCCGGAAGGGGGGGUCGAUCAGACGGAGAAGGCCGACGAGGUGGUUGAAGUUCCCUGCAUACCUUGAGCCACAGCCACCGCCCACUGUGGACAGGGCUGCUCCACCAUGUGAUGCAGGGGAUUUGCACAAGGAGAAUGCUUUGGAGGCGGCGGGGGGUGAGGCGUCGGGGUCGAACACACGACUGUUCUCAUUGCAGCAGUCAACAAUAAGGAGGUGGGUGGACAACGAUGAGCAAAAGAAACUGGACAUUGCAUGGGCGAAGGUCAUGUUCCGUGUUGGGAUCCCAUCCAACUUCCUGAACUUCGAAACCAACCAGAAACUCCACGAAGUGUACCUGCAGGUGGCAAAGUCAAGACAUCACGUGAAACUGCCCUCCUUCAAGCACAUGAGGACUGUUAUGUCAAACAUUGUCUACAUGCGAGUGCAAAAGACGGUGGAGCCGUUGACGACUUGUUGGGAUGUGAGCGUGUGUACUUUCAUCACAGACGGAUCGAGUGAUCGUCGAGAGCGUCCUGUGAUGAACUUCUUGGCAGCUGGGGUGGAUGGGGCGGUUUUGGUGGCGACAGUGUCUAUGUCCGGGAGGAAGAAGACCGGACCUGCAUUGGCAAAACUUUGGGAGCAGAUCAUGAGGGAAAUCGGACUGCGUCGAAUCAAUGCGAUAUGCAUUGACAACACGGAGGUCAACAAAAGGGCGGCUCAGAUCCUGGAGCGACGAAUGGACAAGGAGAUAGCAAGGAUUCUGUGGGUUCCUUGCGUUGCUCAUUGCUGCAGCCUUCUUUUACGCGACCUCGACAAACUCGAUUGGGUGAAGCACUCCGUAAAGAGGGGCCACACAAUCGUCAAGUUCAUUAGAAAUCACCACAACAUACACAGUUUGAUGAUGACAGUGGACAGUUCGCUGUCUCUUGCGGCCCACGAAGAGCCUGAAGGGAACGAUGGAUCGGUGUUGAAGGGGCCCGAGGAUGAGGCCAAGAAGACAGAGGAGGAACUUGUACAGGAACGGAGGCUCACAAAGACUCUCAAGGGAAGGGUUCCAAAAAAUCUCGAGGACAAGGACGAAGAGCUCACGGAUGACAAAAUUUGGAUGACGAGUUGUGGAAGGGGAAGUGCGGAUUGUCGGAGGACUCAAGUAGCAGCGAAGAGGACGACGGCGAUGACUCUGAUUUCGAGCUAUGACCAAAGUCGUCCGUCCCAGACACGACGUACGUCGGAAAGAGGCGGAUCAGAUGACAAUGCAAAGAAGAGCCACGCCCGACAGCGACGGAGCCCGGGGUAAGGGAGACUGCAUCGUACAAUCCGCAAUC